CCUCUCGGUACUGUUGCUCAACAAAAAACGAAGAAAAUAGAAGUCGGUAGCUGCCACCAGCGCAUUGUGUCAUCUCGGUUCUUCUACUCGUCUUUGCAGUUUACUUCGUCGUUUAAUGGUUGCUGUCCACUUGCCAGCUAACAUAGUACCACAGAAUCACUUUCAACAUUCACGACAACUGCAGGUGGCAUCAAACACCAUCAACUCAAGCAUUUCAUACCCCGCAAGAACCCUUAUCUUCUUUGAUUACGAUUAGCUCCACCUUCUGAUAAAAAAAAAAACCUACCAUGAUCCUUCGAAGUUGUCUAGUACCCCCACAAGGACUAGUUGUAGUUUCGAUCUGAUAUAAUUACGAGUGCAGGUAGCACCUCCCCCGCACUACAAAAAUGUUUUUCACCUACGCGCCUCGGCACACGCCUGCCUCCUGGGGCGACGCCGGCGCGUGUCGCUACAAGGAAAAGGAUCAGCUGCCCGACGAGUGCCAGUUUGUUCGCGACCGAAAUAAAUUCGAGGAGGAGAAGGCGUUACUCGAGCAAGCGAAAAAGAACCACGGCAUCCUCCCACCGGUGCACAAACAGUACAACAAGGUCGAGGCCCCGAUGACCGGUCGGUGGGCCCGCGUGGACACCCACCACUUUCAGAACACGGGAAUUUUGUUGGAGCUGAUUGAGUUAGAACGAAAAAGACGGCUGAAGCGAGCGAAGCUUUUUCUCAAGCGGCAGGAAAAGCAAAAGGAGCUGGAAAACGCCUGGCGGAAGGCGCAGGGGCAGAAACAGGACGCUUUCUCCGACUACCUGCGGCAAAAAGCCAUUGAGGCGAUGGCCGCGGAAAACACGGAAGACAAAUUGGUGAAGCGGCUCCAAGAGGAGUCGCGCGUCGCGUACGUGCAGAGCAUGAUCAUGUACCAGGCGGGUGGCAACAAUGUCGACCCCACCGCCCCGCGCGACGAGCCGCGGGCCGCGCCCGAGUGGCAGAACGAGUACGCCCUGCGGAUGGAGUACACCCCCUCCGCCCUGAACGCGAAGAAGCAACGGCAGAAGCAAACCGAGACGGGCGCGGCGAAAAACAAGGACGAGGCGGUUCGCAUGGUGCCCAGUAUCGCCGCGCUGGCCGCGGAAGAGUUCUGGCGGGAAUUGGAGCACGAGGCCGCGGACCGGCUGCCCCCGCACCACGAGCGCGCGGUAUGAACUGCAAAUAUGUCUGGGUCUGGGAGAUUGCGAGAUUUGUCAUGCUAGUCUGGCAUGACUCGAAACUCUGUAUUGCGUGCCCGCGAAGAGGGCCUCUUGUCUGCCAUACAAAAACGCAGUUUCUCAUGUGGAGUACGGAACUCUGAACCCCGGAAAAACUUGUCAUCUUGGGGAGCGCAUUACAGUGUGCUCAAUAUAAAUAUUCCCUUCGUUGCAUUACAAGUUUCCAGACCCAGACACUUUUGCAAUGCAAACGCGGGCGCCAUUGGGAAUUUGAAAUGCUUGAACGCGGUGCUGGGCACGUCCGUCGCGGAGAGCAAGGCGGUGACGAACCUUCAAGGCCCGAAGAAGACGAAAGGGCCCCAAGUCCAGGCGGACAUGAAGAACGAGCUGGCGGCCGCGUUUGGAGGCCUAUCCUCCGGUGUCCGGCAGGCUACGCAGGAGGCCGCCGCGGCGCAGGCUGACAUCGCCGCAGCAGCCGAUGAUGACGAUGAAAACGGGGCGAAGCAACGGCGCUCGUUUGACGAUGAUUUGAGUUCGGAGGACGAGGUGGGCGCAAGGCUGCAAAAGAUGAAGGCGGAAAAGGAAGCGGCGUCGCAGGCCAUUCUGGCCAUGGGCAUAUGAACUGCAAAUAAAGUAACGUACUAGUAUAAAUUGCAAUACAAAUUGGCUCAGCAUUACAAAUUGAAUUUGUAAUGCGGAUUUGCCUUAGGCACUAGAUUUGUAAUGCAUGUAUGCAAUUAGUACAAGUACGAUGCUUUUGCACAGGAUAGGGCAAAUCGAAAAGCAAAACGGCCGCGUCGAAGAUGGGCGCGUUCAAGGCCAAGGGCAGGUCGAAAUCAAGGUUGGGGUGAAGAGGAGGAGAUCCUCCGCGACGUGCUGCUGGGGCGUUUUAAGUAUCUACACGCCUAUUCAGGAACAGGACCUGCUCCUGCUCCGAUGAGAGAAUCGUCGAACGAUGCAUUAUUUGUGUGCACUGAAGGAGCGCAUGAGCAGUUACUUUUUGAUCUUGUUCGUGGUGUUUGUUAGUAGCAAGUCGAGAAGCUGCCCUCGAACAGCAUUUUCUGACUUUCAGUUCCGCAAGGCAAGGAUAGGAAACAAGAAAAAACGCACUCUACUGCUACUCCCUCAUAUCUUCAAGCUCGAAAACUAACACCAAGGUGACGAAGAUGAUCGCGUAUGAUGUCGAAGACGAAGUUUUACGUGGUGCCGUCAAUGUCAAACAACAACGCACCCUGAGUGUCAGUAUCAGUAUUAAUGGC